AUGGAUGAGCCACUAGUUCGUCCUUCGAUAAAGCAUCGUUGGAGCAGAUCUAGUAUCCCACGCCUGCAAACUGAGAACCUCCUCUCUCCAUCUUCGAGACAAGGUCCCUAUACCCCCUCGACGCGUCUUGCGGAGCAAUUACCUCCUGAUAUAAAGCCGAGAAAACGACCGUCACGACGACAUGACCUGGGUCCGAAAUGGCACAAGGAGUACUCGGAGAUAGACCAGAACUGUGGUCGUGUUUUGAUUAUCGAUUUUGUGAAGCAGGAAGCAAGCAAAACGCGUAUGCGCAAAGUCAGUGCAGAAGAGAUAUUCGAUAUCAACGCCCUUCGAAAAGUGUACAAUAACCCCCAUCGAACCAACGAGGCCGUGCUGCGAGUUUUCCACGUUCAAAACGCCGACUGGGCUACAGAGUAUCUGUUGAGAAAGUUCAAUAUAGACAACAGAGAUAACCUUGUCGGGAACGACUUUGGGAAAUAUGUUCGACAUAAAAACCCCGAGAGGCGCGGCGGGAGACCUUUCUUGAAUGGCAAAACGUGGAAAGUGCAGUAUGAUCCGUGGCGGGGAGUCAGUAAGACUUCGUUUGGAUUGGACUAUUUGAAGCAAUAUAAUAAAUCCGCGCAUAUCACAUCUGGCCACCGUCGAAGUGCUGAGGAUGAUCAGUUGAAGAUGAUGGAAUUAGAUGCCUUUGGGGAUGAAGAUAACCCAGCACAUGGCUACGAUGUUUAUGUCCAGCGCCUUAGCUGUUAUAUCCAGCACAAGCAAACCCCAGGGGCCAUUUUACCGCCAACUGAAGACCCAGACAUCAAGAACCCAUAUCAUAUUGAUGAAAACCAGAACGGUGAAUCACCAGAGAAACGCAAAGACGUAUAUAUCCCGCGCCUGGACACGCUAGAUAAUGGUAAUGCGAUUCUCAUCUUCGAUAAUUCUCACACCGGCUGUCUGGACGACACGCUCAUUCCGCCCCGUCAAACAUGGGAGGAACGGUGGAGACGUCUUCCCUUCUUCCUUGCCUUUGAGUCCAAAGAUCUAGUUGAAAGUGAUGAACAGCUUGCUUUCCAGAGUUCAAGAAUUAUCCUCGAUGAUAUAUUCAAAGUGUUGUCGGCAAGUUGGGAUUCAUUCCUAGACCAGGCUAUGGACCACGUAAGUAUUCUAGAAGAUAAGAUAUACGAGAGGCCAGCAGAUGAGACCCGCGCUCCGGAGUUAUGGGCCAAUUCGAGUGUGUGGCUCAAAGUUGAAAAGCUGCUGUUUAUUCAUAUCGAUAUUGUGAAGGAUAUGGUGACAAGAUUGCAAGAUCUAACAGAUGAUGUAGAGUCUGAUGACACCUGGUUAGAUGGCGUUCCGGGAGAGUUCGAACGGCUCAGUACCGUCAUUACGGAAGAUUUGAUCAAACCGACAGAGAAUUUGAUUUCCUUAUUAUACCAGUCCGUCUCGAUACGAGACAGUCGGCAUAGUAUUCAGUUGAAUGUGAGCAUGUGGCGCCUGAGCUGGAUCACCUUCAUAUUCCUCCCAAUGACCUUCAUUACUGGAUUUUUCGGUAUGAACGUCGACACCUUCAAGGGCGAUCCAAGUAUAAAAUGGUACUUCAUCGCUACUGUACCAUUCAUGUUCAUGGUCCUUGUUCUCUGGUAUAUCAUAAAACAUUACCUUGCAGCUAGGCGCCAAACUCCACAUCAACGAGGUAUAUAUGAGAACUUCUUCAACGAAAUGGCCAAUAAUAACCCAUCACUCUGGUCCCGAAAUGGACCGCGUGAUUAUGUCGUACCACAAGGUAUGUUGGCGCGGUUGAAAUGGCGUUUCAUCAAGAACUGGAGUGCACCUGAAAGGACAAUCUUGAUGGAUGCAGACGGCGGCGAUGGAAGUGGAAGUGAUAUGGGGACCAUCUUUAAGAUAAAACAAUAUCUUAUCCGUCGAUGGACUUCGCAACUUCGCGAUAAUGAAGCUGUUGUGGCAGUGGCGCUAGAAGAAGGGACAAUGGUACCCGAUGAUGAGAAUAUGAGCGAUGCUCACAGCACGAUUGCCGAAGGGUUGGCAGGAGCUACAGAACUGCUUGUAGUCCCUGCCACGCCGGCCAUUGAGACACAGAUAGUGCCGGAGUUUAAGACCUUUGAUCCAAGCAAAACAGGUGAGGUGGAUGAACGCCACGACUCUACGAUUCCAAGCUCGGCGUUGUCGUUUAUCAGUGGUGCGCAUCGCCGAAGUAGUAGCGCUGGCAGAGCUAGCGGACUGCUGGUUGAAGAGGAAGAUUACCAAUGGCUGAGCGAACGAGGUAAACAAGGGAAACAAUGGGCGUGGAGAACGUCGAGUUCAAGGGAUAGAAGUGCGCAGAGGAGUUCUCACCAGAGCAGCCACAGCCACAGCCAGGAACGGGAGGAUAAGGGGAAAGGCACUGAGAUGACUGAAUCGCCUCCCGUGGCUACUGCUACCGCUGCUACCGAGACAAGGCCGGAGACGAAGGAUAAAGAUAACGAUGAACCUCCUUCUGCGGAGAUUGUUCAUCCUAAAGAGACGGAACAUUGA